AUGCCGCCUCGUAUACCAGCGCUGCUGGCGCAAACAAUAUCGCGUCCAUCAACAACAAUCGCAUCCUUUCUCGUCCCUUUCGUGCAUCUUCAGACUCGCUCAGCUUCUAUCCUCAGCUCCUUAUCCGACAAUCCAGGAGCAUACAGCACAAAAAAGAAAUUAGGUCGAGGUCCGUCUUCGGGAAAGGGCAAGACGUCAGGUCGAGGUCAGAAAGGUCAAAAAGCACGCGGCAAGGUUCCAAAACAGUUCAAUGGUGGUCAAACACCCGAAGGAGUCGUGCAUGGAAAGAGUGGUUUUAUCAAUGUACACCGAAUAGAGCUUCAGGAAGUAAAUCUUGACAAAUUACAAACCUGGAUCAAUCAAGGACGAAUCGAUGCCUCUAAACCCAUCACUAUCCACGAAAUCUGCCAUUCGAAACUGAUCGGCCAAGUAAAAGAUGGUGUUAAGCUCCUCGCUGGAACUAAAGGCAGUAAUGUGACCCUUCAACAGCCAAUACAUAUCGUCGUAUCACGCGCCUCACAAUCAGCUAUCGAAGCAGUCGAAGCAGCUGGCGGUACAGUCACCACAAGAUUCUACACCGAAACAGCUGUGAAGAGAGUAAAGCAAGGCGUCAUGCAUCCCUUCAUAUCAUUACGAUGGGAUCCUGCGCAGAUAGGUCACAAAGCACUGAUACCAGAUGACGGUCUGGGCAUGACUCCGGAAGAGCGAGUCACGGGAUUGGGAUUUCAGUAUCGUCUGCCUGAUCCGACUGGAAGGAAAGAGUUAGAGUACUACAGAGAUGCGAGAAAUAGAGGGUAUCUGAGCCACUUGGUGCAGGAAGGACAAGGUCCAAGUCUAUUCUGGAAGCCGCCGUUGAGCGAGGAGCAGAUUGAGGCCAUGAGGAAGAGUAAGGGAGGUACACGAGCUGCCAAGAUGAAAGAGGAGAAUAAGUUGUGGUAG